AUGUCUCGUCCGCAGGUGAGCAUUGACCGUAUCACGCCGCGGCGGGUGACAAAUGAACCCCGCGAGGCGAUGAACUGCAAGUCCUGUCGGAAAAGAAAGCCCAUUUCGCGUGUGUGUGAUUCUGACCGAAGAUGUGGGUCAAACUCUAGAUCAAGUGCAAUCGCAUGCGUCCCAGCUGUGAGGCAUGUAAGAUUUUUCAAUGUCCUUGCAUUUAUGCUUUACCUUUGCACUCAAGAUGCGGUUCCGAAGAAACGAGGCCCCAAGACGGACGUUUUGGAGGCAUUGAUGAAGCGCGUGGAUGGACUGGAGAAGCGGCUACAGGAAGAGAAAGGCCCCGUUACACCCACUGCGGAUGCUUCAUCAUCCGUCAAAACGCAAGAGGGAGAACCGCCUCCGCCAGAGAGUUCCACGACGCGCAGUAACACCAUCGCUUCCUAUCAGAGCCCCUUGUCUCCCACAGAGGAUCGAUAUCCUCCCUCUGAGUGCUCGUCUCAACGCCGAGGUUCGUCCACUUUCCAGGAGCUAUACAACGGAUAUGGAGGCCCUGCGGCCGGGCCUCAACAGCAGCAGCCGCUGCAGUCGCCUUCCCAGCAACAUUUCACCCUUCCCAUUGCCGUGCUGGAUACAUUCUUUUCCAGAAUUCACGGUAAACCAUUCUACAUCCUUGAUGAAUCGGUAACGCGACAAAAACAUCAACUAGGACAACUGCCUCCCUACUUAGCCAUGGCCAUUUAUGCAAUUACUGUCAGAUAUGUCCACCCUCCCGGAGGCCCAAAAGGCCCCUUACGCGUGGGCUUGGACUACGCUCUACAGGCGCGGCGUUCUGUGGAUGUGGAUAAUCCAACCAUUGAAGGCAUCCAAACUCUGCUCUUGCUGUCUAUGGUCUUCUUCGCCUAUGGCUUGAGCAAAAAGACGUACAUGACUUUAUCCAACUGUUCGGCCAUGAUUCUGGCAUUGGAUCUCUACCGGGAGCCAUCACCCAAAUCGAACCUUUCUCCGGCAGAGCGAGAGACGAGACGACGAAUCUUCUGGACCUGUUACAUGAUGGAUCGAUUUGCCGCAUGCGGGUCAAAACGGCCAUGUCUAAUUUCUGACCAUUCAAUUGUUUUGCGUUUACCGUCCUCGCCAUCACAAGCCAAUGGGCUAUAUGUCGAAGGCGAGAUUUUUAACAAUGCCGGCCCAAACAUCCAGUAUUCAUCUGACCCGCGCAAGCAAGGCCGGAGUGCCACUGCGUUGCUCAUUGACAUCACGCGCAUCUUAGGCAUCACUAACCGGUACUUGGCAGCCGGUGGAGUAAAGGGUGAUUCCCAUUUUCCCUGGCACUCCCUGUCCAAUCUCUCCAAGAUCCGCCAAGAGCUGGACAUCUGGGCGGCCGGAGCCCAGGAUAUAUUCGUUUCCAUUGAAUCAUUGUUUGGGCACCCUGAGAGCACGACUCUCCUCCUGAGCAAGUUGAUUUAUCAUCUGAUCCACUGCUUGAUCUAUCGUCCCUUCCUGCCUAUUGACCUGGUCGAGCUUCGUGGGACGGGACAACACCAGUCCUGGCAGAUUGAAGCCACCAAUCUAUGUUUCUUACACUCCAACGCGAUUGCUGAGCUCGUCGAGUUUGGGCGAAAUUCGCCGUUGAUUGAGUGGCCCGCGUUUAUCAGCUACUGCGUAUGUACCGCAGGAACCGUCCAUGUUCAUGGCGUACAUUACAAAGGGCAGGAAGGAGAAGUCUUCUCUUCCAGCGCCGAGUUCCUUGCAAAAGAGAUGCAGCAAUUGUCCUGGUUACGACAUUGCUGGGCUGGUGUGCAGCACCAACGGGAGCUGUUGCAAACGAUCUACACUUGUCAUUCAGAACUUGUAAGGAACCUGGCUAGCAGCACGAUGCGAUUCUCUCCGAUUUUUCACCUGGAAGAUUUCUUCGAUCGCUACCCCGGCUUAACGGUGGAUGGGUCUCACGUGCGUUUGGUCGAUGUCAUGCCUGACUGGAGCAACGGCAGCAUGUCCAUGUAUCCCUUUGAUAGGCAUGACCACUAUCUCAAUCAAGCCACGAGCGCACCCAUUUUGCCAUCACAGCGAUUUUACCAGCCUCACCAGCAGCAAUAUCAGUCCGGCUCCUCCACGUUACCCUCAUCUCAAAUCUCCUCACGUGGAGACAUCUCCAGCCAAGAACAUAACCGGACGAAGAAUACCGACCUAUCUCCUCUCUCCCCUACGACUUUGCCUCCCCAGCCUCCUCAACUGCCGCCUAUGUUCCCCUUGUCCAACACGGAGUUCCCCUCCUUCACAUCCAUCGAAGAGAGUCCCCGAAUGCAGAACGCCUUUUCUCCGUCCUUCGGGCUCUCCCUACCCGGCUUCGCGUCGGAUUCCGUUCUCAAUGUAGCGCCCACGCCACCAGGCAACCCCCAGUACGCCACUUUCCCAUUCGAUGCUGCCCACCAGCAGCAGCAAACGAAUCCAUCGGCUGGAUCCGGCAUGAUGACCGCUCUGACGCCGGGCGCUCAGUCUCAAGCGAGCGGCUCGCAGGCAACGAAUGCCAGCGACACGGGACCUCCCUCCGAGAAGGAUCCGUUUCUCAGCCUGCUGGAGCAGCUGGCCGAGAACGAGCAAAAUUCCCAAGGAGGUCCAAGCGAGCUCGAUUUCUUCCUCAGUGGCGGCAUCGAGGGGGAGGGGGAGGCCUCCGAUGCGGUUGCAGUGACGCAAGUAGAUGCAGAUGGCGAUGCUCUUGUCGGCUUGGAGGAAGGGGUCAACACCAACAGAGGGCCAGAAAACGCCGCCUCGUCACAUCCUCCUGCUGAAGGCAACAAUAAUAAUCAUGCGGAUGAAUAG